AUGAAGGCAUACUGGUACGACAACGUCGAGGGCGACCAGCGCGAGCCCCACGACUCCGGACGCGCCGUGUCCGAGGAGAAGCUUGCCUCGCUGGGCGUGUUCUACAAGCACUGCCCGACGAUCGAUGCGGUGGACACAAUCGCCUCGAACCGCGGAUACCGCAACCGUGACCAGGUGACCAUUUCCCCGGAGGCGAUGGGUGCUGUGUAUGAGGAGAAGGUGAAGUCGUUCUUCUCGGAGCAUUUGCACGAGGACGAGGAGAUCCGGUACAUCCUUGAUGGAGAGGGAUACUUCGAUGUGCGCGGACAGGAGGAUGAGUGGAUUCGCAUCUGUCUUGUUAAGGAGGAUAUGAUUAUUCUCCCUGCUGGGAUCUAUCACCGGUUUACUACGAAUUCGCAGAAUUAUGUCAAGGCUAUGCGUCUUUUCCAGGAUGAGCCUAAAUGGACGCCCUUGAACCGGGGUGCGGAGGUUGAUGUUAACCCUCACCGGAAGACUUACUUGGAGACUGUUGUUAGUUCUACUGCUGCAGUCUAG